AUGCAUGUUGCCCAUUAUCGCGUCUGGAUCUACUCGGCUAAUCUGGCCGUCAUCCUCAUCCAGGUGAGAAAUUCAUGAUAUUUUGCAAGCAAAGUCGUAUUUUAAACUAUCCUUGUAUUUCUAACUCAAUUUCUUGAUAUCAAUAAUUCCUAAAAUCAAUGUAAAUGGUAUGUCUCAUCCUUCACAGGCCUUUUUGCAUUUAUUUUUACACCGAAACUUCAGUUGUGGUUUAUUUACGCCUCAUCAAAUCUGCUCUAUGACCCGUAUUUGCGACUUUUACCCUUGAAUGAAAGCUCUAUUUUGAUCUACGCAAUCACUACCGUAAUCCCCUUACAAGUAAGUCUCCUCAUUCGUUUCAUGGACUAUUCAGUUCAUAGCAUGUUUCUGCGGAUUGGUCGGAGUUUAUUUCUCCAAGAGAACGUUGGUUCGACUUUAUUGGACAUUGAUGAUCCCCUUGAUUAUAAUGGACACAGUCGCAGCGUUUAUCUGGAUCCACACCUUCAACGAUCUUCACACCAACAUCGGGGUCUAUUUGAAUGAGAUGUCUCAAGCGGAGGGUCAAAUUGGAGAUUGGACCGAAUGGUGCAAUUCUUGGAAUGGUUUCUUGAAAACCAACAAGUGUUGUGCUCCUAAGACGGUUGAAGAGAGCUGCUGGGAUGGUGAGAGCAUUCCAUACAUUCAUUCCUAUUAUUAUACUUUAGGUCUUCAAUGUGAUUCGGCUCUUCCUUCUUGUCAUCUGUCCCUCCUCGCCUGGUUGCACGGACAAACAGAUGGAUUAGCAGGGAUACUGUAUUUCCUAUUGUAUCCAUUAAAAUUAACAGUAGUCUUUGUUCUCCGGUAAGUUUUCUAUCACUGAACGACAUUACCACCUAUUUAGAGAAGAUGUAAUGGAGCUUGUAACCGAAAUCUUCUACAGCAACCACAAAGGGGAAUACAAGUAAGUCGAGCAACAACUACUGAAUUUGAAUUUAGCCAUUGGUGGGAACUAGAUGAACUGGACAAAUUGGAAACGUCUUCGGAAGACCGAACCCCCAGCCCCAGAAUCCCGAACGGACGCAAUUUUUAUGAGAAGCCACCUACCUGA